AUGACUACCUUCGCGUCAAUGAUGAGUGAAGAAUCUUCGGUGUCCGAGAUGUCGAGCUCGGUCCAGAGCGCCUGGGACGAUCUGGUGGUCGAAAACCCGAACCGCCGGAAGCUCGAGGCGUGCCUGGUCAGCACAAUCAUGGUUGUAGUUGUGUGCAUCAUGGGCCUGCUGCUGUUCGUGGUACUCGAGCUUCAACCUGCUAACAACCUCAGAAAGGUUCAGAGGCGACCGAACGUCGUCUUCUGCGACAAUGGCACGUGCCCAGAGUUCGCGCACCGCGUCCUGGGUUGGAUCAACUUCCGGGUGAAGCCAUGCGUAGACUUUCACGCGUGGGUGUGUCAAUCCCGCUUGAAGGACUCUCCAGAGGACACUUUUCAACAAGACCCCGAGAGAGCCGGCACGUACGCAGCCAACGCUCACUUCUACAACCUGCUCAUGAGAAACCUUUAUUAUGAAAAGACUCCCCCACCAUCGCAUCUCACAGCUCAUCUAGACCUGUGCGUCGGUCGCAAGAUCGCCGGCGGCGGUGUGUGA